UCCCCCCUGUGACAGAGAAGAACGGGCGGACGCUUACCGGAGCCCGGAACAGAGCGGGGACAUCACUGGCACCCGACUAUGUUUUCAGGAUGAAGCGGAGACUGGAUGACCCAGAGCCAGCACCCUACCCACCCCAGCCACGGCGGAUCACUGAACCAUUUGCCCACCAGCACCGUGUUCUCGCUCCAGCCCCUCCUUCUUAUGAAUCACAGUCUGAUGCCAUGCAGCCCACAACGGGCGUCCAGUACUCUGUGACUCCUGGAUAUCAGGUUUCAACAGUGCCUCAGAGUUCUGGCAGCCAUGGACAAACACCUCUGGCAGCCGUACAUGGUGCUCAUCAUCACAGCAACCCUGUGCCUGGCCAUGGAGGUCCUGGGGUACAAAGUCAUCCUCAUUCAACCCCUCCGGCUGCACCUGCCCAGGGUCAGCAGUUCCAGAGGCUAAAGGUGGAAGAUGCACUUUCUUACCUGGAUCAAGUUAAACUGCAGUUUGGCAGCCAGCCCCAGGUUUACAAUGAUUUCCUUGACAUUAUGAAGGAGUUCAAAUCUCAGAGUAUUGACACUCCAGGGGUCAUCAGUCGGGUUUCCCAGCUUUUCAAAGGCCAUCCGGACCUUAUAAUGGGUUUUAACACAUUUUUACCCCCGGGGUAUAAAAUAGAGGUGCAAACAAAUGACUUGGUAAAUGUCACAACACCGGGACAGGUCCACCAGAUCACAACCCAUGGUCUUCAGCCCCCUGUCCCACAGGUUCCUCCACCUUCACAGCCGUCCACGCAGACUGCCCCUCCUCCAGUACACCCAACGCCUCCACCAGCCCCAGCAAAAGUUAGUAAACCGGUGCCAUCGCAGGCGCAUACACCAACAAAUCAGCAGAGCACACCAAUUCAGUACCCAUCCCCUCGUUCUCCACCAGCACAGCCACACACACCUGGGCCGUUGGCACAUGCCACACCAACGGCUACUGCAGCUACUCCAACCAUGCAAAAUAACCAGCCAGUGGAGUUCAACCAUGCCAUCAAUUACGUGAACAAAAUAAAGAACCGCUUCCAGGGCCAGCCUGACAUAUACAAAGCCUUCCUUGAGAUCCUGCACACAUACCAGAAGGAACAGCGUAAUGCCAAGGAAGCAGGGGGGAACUACACCCCUGCUCUGACCGAGCAAGAGGUCUAUGCCCAGGUUGCACGACUUUUCAAGAACCAGGAAGAUCUUUUGUCAGAAUUUGGACAGUUCCUGCCCGAUGCCAAUAGCUCAGUGCUUUUGAGCAAAACCACAGCAGAAAAGGUUGAGUCUGUGAGGAAUGACCACGGCGGCACUGUGAAAAAACCUCAGAUGAACAAUAAACAACAGAGGCCCAGCCAAAAUGGUUGCCAGAUACGUCGACAUUCAGGACCCGGCGUCACUCCUCCUGUUAAGAAGAAACCGAAAAUACUUAUUCCAAAGGACCAGUCCUUGACUGAUGCAAACAAACAUGGAGCAGGGGCAGAGUCUCAAUUCUUUGAUAAGGUCCGUAAAGCUCUGAGAAGUACGGAGGCAUAUGACAACUUCUUACGAUGUCUGGUCAUCUUUAAUCAGGAAGUCAUCUCUCGAUCGGAACUAGUACAGUUGGUGUCCCCUUUUCUUGCCAAGUUUCCUGAGCUGUUCACCUGGUUCAAGAACUUUCUGGGUUACAAGGAGUCCUCACAUAUGGAAAGCUUCCCAAAAGAAAGGAGUACAGAAGGCAUUGCCAUGGAAAUUGAUUAUGCUUCAUGUAAACGCUUGGGCUCCAGCUACAGAGCACUACCCAAAAGCUUCCAGCAGCCCAAAUGCACAGGACGAACCCCGCUUUGCAAAGAGGUCCUAAAUGACACCUGGGUUUCCUUUCCUUCCUGGUCAGAAGAUUCCACUUUUGUCAGUUCUAAAAAGACUCAGUAUGAGGAACACAUUUAUCGUUGUGAAGAUGAGCGGUUUGAGCUGGAUGUGGUGCUGGAGACCAAUUUGGCUACCAUCCGUGUUCUGGAGGCAAUUCAAAAGAAGCUUUCACGAUUAUCUGCAGAGGACCAGGCCAAGUUUCGUUUGGACAACACUUUAGGGGGAACAUCAGAAGUCAUCCACCGCAAGGCCCUGCAAAGGAUAUAUGCUGACAAGGCUGCUGAUAUAAUAGAUGGCCUGAAGAAAAAUCCAGCUGUUGCCGUCCCGAUUGUGUUGAAAAGGUUGAAAAUGAAGGAAGAAGAAUGGAGGGAAGCCCAGCGAGGCUUCAAUAAGAUUUGGAGAGAACAGAAUGAGAAGUACUACCUGAAAUCGCUAGACCACCAGGGUAUAAAUUAUAAGCAAAUAGAUACAAAGGUCCUGCGCUCCAAGAGCCUUCUUAAUGAAAUUGAGAGCAUCUAUGAUGAGAGACAAGAGCAAGCGUCAGAAGACAAUUCUGGCGUCCCCACAGGACCUCAUCUCACCCUGACAUACGAGGACAAGCAAAUUCUAGAGGAUGCUGCCUCGCUCAUUAUCCAUCACGUGAAGCGACAGACUGGUAUACAGAAGGAGGACAAGUACAAGAUAAAACAAAUCAUUUACCAUUUCAUCCCAGAUCUGCUUUUCUCCCAACGAGGGGAGUUGUCUGAUGUGGAGGAGGAAGAGGAGGAGGACACUGCAGAAGCAGAAGAUGGGGUUAACAAGAAACACAAUGGGGUGGGGGGUGGAGGGGCUAGUACCCCACCAAAAACUAAGCUGAUGUUUGCAAACACUGCAGCGCAGAAGUUCAGGGGCAUGGAGGAUGCCUACAACUUAUUCUAUGUUAACAAUAACUGGUACAUUUUCCUGCGAUUGCACCAGAUACUCUGCUCCCGCCUCCUACGCAUUUACAACCAAGCGGAGAAACAAGUGGAGGAGGAGCUGAGGGAAAGGGAAUGGGAAAGAGAGGUGCUGGGCCUAAAGAGGGACAAGAAUGACAGUCCAGCCAUCCAGCUUCGGCUCAAAGAGCCAAUGGAUAUAGAGGCUGUGGAUUAUUAUCCGGCAUUCCUAGACAUGGUUCGUAACCUGCUGGACGGGAAUAUGGAUUCGAACCAGUAUGAAGACUCCCUGAGGGAGAUGUUCACCAUCCAUGCCUUUAUUGCUUUCACUAUGGACAAAUUGAUACAGAGCAUAGUCAGGCAGCUCCAACACAUAGUCAGUGAUGAAAUCUGUGUGCAGGUGACUGAUCUCUACCUCUCCGAGGGCAGCUGCAGUGCUACAGGGGGUCUCCUGGCUACCCAAGCAUCCCGCAGCCUGGGUGAGGCCAACUACCAGCGAAAAGCAGAGCAGCUGAUGGCUGAUGAGAACUGUUUUAAGUUGAUCUUCUCCCAGAGUUGUGGACAGGUCCAAAUAACAAUUGAACUGCUGGACACUGAGGAAGAAAACUCAGAUGACCCAGCGGAGACCGAGCGCUGGUCGGACUAUGUGGAAAGAUACAUGAACUGUGACUCUACUUCCCCAGAGCUGAGAGAGCAUCUCGCACAGAAACCUGUUUUCUUACCCAGGAACCUGCGCAGAAUCCGGAAGUGCCAGCGAGGCCGCGAACAACAGGAGAGGGAAGGGAAUGGAAAGCGAACGCUGGAGAAUCUAGAGAGUCUGGACAAACUGCAGUGCAAAUUCAAGCUGAACUCUUACAAGAUGGUAUACGUCAUCAAAUCUGAGGACUACAUGUACCGUCGCACUGCCUUAUUGAGGGCACAGCAGUCCCAUGAGCGAGUCAGCAAACGACUGCACCAGCGCUUCCAAACAUUGCUGAGCAAAUGGAAUAUGGAACAUGUGAGCCGGGAGAUGGCAGCUGAACAGAAAUGGCUGAUGGGAGAGGGGGUGGAUGGCAUGGUGCCCUGUGUCACUACCCGGGACUCGGAGACCCUACAUUUUGUGGAUAUAAACAAGUACCGAGUAAAAUAUGGACCAGCCUUUAAAACCCCUUAAAAAGAUGAGACGCAGCCAUUCCUUUUUAGAGUGACUUGUUUGACGCCUAAGAUCUUUUGUCUAAACCAGCAGGAUAAUUUUACAGAAGCUGUGGCCCUCACGUGGAGGGCUUAAGAAGCUUUCUUGUUGCCAGAAGAGUUGCCGCAAACCCCUCUGGUAGAAAAUGGGGUUUAGUGUUACUGAGAAUCUCCUGCCAAUCUCCCUACCAGUUAGUCUUAGCAGACCUACUCUCACCCGUGGUAUGUAAAUACAAGUGUGUAAAUACCAUUAAGAAAAUUCUCCCCUUCAUCUCCUGUCCCCUCCAUUAUUUUAUAGCGAGCACCGUCUUAGUUUAACCUUCUGUUACCCAUCUUUGUAACAUAGCGAUUGGGUGGAACAUCUGGAAACCACAGCCUCCUUUAUUACUGUUUCUACCAAAGGGAGUCUCGAGAGUGUGGUUUAUAUAUAGAACUAAAGUAUACCUGUCAGAAAACUACCCCGAGCCCCUCUCUGCUGUAUCUCGUCAGUGUGAGUGUUAUAUUUUAUCUUUUACUCUUCUGUCCUUUCUUCUGCCCCCUUUUUUUUAAACACUGUGUAAAUAAAGAAAAGGUUUGGUAUGA